AUGACGUUUGAACGGAUUUCAUCACAAACCGCUGUAGCUACUCUUCUUGCAACCGAAAUUUAUCCUCGACCUAUUGGCUUUCUUAGCCCAACUCAAGACCUUCAUCCACGAUACUCAUACUCAGGAGCAAAGCGACCGCAGUCUCGGUCCAGUGUCUUAAUAUUCUCGAACAAGCGGUUAUCGCGAGACCCUUUUCAAGUAUUGUCGAUAAAGGCAUGGGUAGCACGCUUACCGACAUUAUUAGAAGAAGAUACAUCAAAAAUGGCACGAACAGACGAAAUAACUAGUCAUCCCAUGCCAUCUCAUCAUCCGAUUACGAAACCAGUCAGUAUCUAUCCACCAAGUCGUCUUGUCGAUCAAUUUCAUUAUUCUCCAACUAUCUUUCUAUCUCCAGGACGUCCACGAUUCCAGAACCUGAAGAUUUUACUCGAUGCUCAAUCUCGACACAGUCCGCUCUCCAAUCAAACUUGGUUAAAUACUCUUGGGCCUCGGUUGUCGACAAUUGAAGAAGAAUAG